AUGAGGUAUGAGAUCCUGCCAGGCUAUGCCAUCAUGACCGCCUGCUUGAUGGUCCCUGGACUCUCCACCAUAUUAAUUCAUCGAUAUGCAUUUGGCAAGGACAGGAGAGUUGCUCGGUAUCCACACCAAUUGUACCUUAUGGAGAGGGACAGGCGAGUUUUUGGGGAAUAACGCUGGUUCAAAUCAAAGGGUUUGGAAAAUAUUGACUAGAUGUGAACCAGCACUGACAGAUCUUCUAUCUCACUGGCAACUAUUAAUUUAAAUGUUAU